UAAGGGGUAGGGAUGAAGGACACUUGCUUGCUUGCUCGCUUUUAAGUUCAGUUGACAAAAGCAGAGGUUCGGUUCUGCAAUGCUCCAGUCCCCUUUGCACCGAUUUAGACCAGUUGUUAGAGGGAUGAAGGACACUUGCUAAAAAAUUAGAUCCAAAGGUCAACAGAUUGCAAGGGUCGGAGAGGAUUUGGAGUUCCCAAGACGGACAAACAUAGUGAAUGAAUUUGGAGUACCCAAGACCCAGAAGGAAAACGGGGUUUUGCUCUGGUUGCAUCCUUUUACAAUAUAUUUGGCCUAUAUUUCCCUUUUAUCUCCUAAAAAUGAAAAUAUAGAGUACAAACAAAAAAAUAUUAAGAGAAUGAGAGCUCUUCAUCCGGCCCCUAAUUCCCAUUCCAAGACCACACCGACUCCCAAACUCUCAAAUUCAUGACGGAGUGUCGCACGAAAUUGAACAGCAGCGGGAGUACCAUCUUGCAGAGGUCGACAAGGCGGGAGAGCGCUUUGCGGAGAUCGGUGGAAACCAAAGAGACAACGACCCUCGAAGACCUCGGCAUGUGGGAGGCAGUGAACUCGGCGUUCCAGAAGCGGUGACGACGGCCUGGCCUGGCCUGGCCUCGGAAGAGAGACAAGGGAGGAGGCGCGGGAGGAAGGAGAGAAAAUAAACCAAGAUUUUAGAUAUGAAUGACGUGUCAGAAUAUUGACCUUUGGAUUGUAAAUUUGUACAUGUUUCUAUGUAAAAACCGGAGCAAGGGGACACUGGAAAGCCAAAACCCCCCAAAAAAAAACAGGCCUCAUCCACUUACAUUCUUAAACCCGUGGCUAACACUACCUCCAACACAAACUCGAACACCCAGUAGUCGGAACUUCUCAGCUGGAACUGGGACCUGUUUUGAAGCUCUUAUCUAUGGCGGCAUCUCUGUCUUUCACUCGGUUUCUUUUAUUCCCCAGGUGCCACUCGAAUUGGCCGUGUUAUCCUUCACUUAACUUUAUGCAGCUUCAGGACAUUAGAUUACACGGUAAAUCGGGCCUGGCAUCUGCUUCCAGGAAGAAAGCUGCUGAGAGUUUUGGAGAAGAACCGGCUGAUGAAAAUGGGGCUGUUGUAAAGAAGAAGACAACUAGGAAACGAGCUGGUAGGCCGGCUAGAAAGAAAUCCGUGUCUGAUAUUACGGAGGAGAAGCCUGAAUUGGUGGUAGCUAGUGAUGCCACGAGUGAUGAAAGCAUCAUUUCUGCACUAAGUAAUGAUUCCAAGAAAACACGGCGAAGAACUCGAAAGAAAGCUGUGUCUGCUUCUACUAGCUUGGAGGAAGAGAAAACUGAGAAGAAGGUGAGGAGGAGGACCAAGAAGAAAGAUGAUAGAGAUGUGGAAGAUCAGGGCAGUGAAGAAGAAGUUACUGAUCAUGAGGAGUCUCCAUUUGUUGCAAAUGUGGAGGUUGAGAUUGAGGAGGACCUGGAGUUGGGAAUGAUGGAGGGAGAGGAUAUUAGCUAUACAUAUGGUUGGCCCCCUCUUGUCUGUUGCUUCGGAGCUGCGCAGCAUGCUUUUGUGCCCUCAGGAAGGCCUGCCAACAGACUUAUAAACUACGAAAUCCAUGAAUCAAUGAAGGAUGCACUAUGGGCGCCUGAAAAAUUUAUUAGGGCUCCUGGGGGAUCUGCAGGCAGUGUUGCAAUUGCUCUUGCAAGCUUGGGUGGUAAGGUCGCUUUCAUGGGAAAACUGGGAGAUGAUGACUAUGGUAAGGCCAUGCUAUAUUAUAUGAAUGUGAACAAUGUUCAAACCCGUUCAGUUCGCAUUGAUAGUAAAAGAGCGACAGCGAUAUCACAGAUGAAGAUUGGUAAGAGGGGUAACUUGAGAAUGACUUGUGCCAAACCCUGUGCAGAGGAUUCCUUAUCAAAGUCUGAGAUCAAUAUUGACGUGCUAAAGGAGGCAAAGAUGUUCUACGUCAGCACACAUUCCCUGCUUGAUCGAAAUAUGAGAUUGACUACACUGCAGGCUAUCAAGAUCUCAAAGAAACUGGGAGGAGUCCUUUUUUAUGAUGUGAACCUUCCAUUGCCACUAUGGAAGUCUGUCGAAGAGACCAAGAUGUUUAUUCAACAGGUGUGGAAUCUAGCAGAUAUUAUUGAGGUUACUAAGCAAGAGCUUGAGUUCCUAUGUGGGAUCAAGCCAUCAGAGGAAUUUGACACUAAAAAUAAUGCGAGCUCAAAAUUUGUCCAUUAUGAUCCGGAAGUGGUUACACCUCUUUGGCAUGAAAAUCUUAAGGUUUUGUUUGUGACGAAUGGGACUUCUAAGGUACAUUAUUACACUAAGGAGCACAAUGGCGCUGUUAGUGGGACGGAGGAUGUCCCGAUUACCCCUUUCACUUGCGAUAUGUCAGCAUCAGGGGAUGGCAUUGUUGCAGCUCUCAUGAGAAUGUUGACGGUUCAGCCUGAUCUAAUAACUGACAAAGGAUACAUAGAGCACACAAUCAGGUAUGCAAUUGACUGUGGGAUCAUAGACCAAUGGCUGCUUGGGCAAGUGCGCGGCUUCCCACCUGAAGAAGAUAUGGAAGAAGAAGUGGUCCCUGAUCCAAAUGGCAUUAGGUCGAUAACGGAAAUGGAAUACCGAACGCUAAAGCCUGUAAGUUGAUUAAGGUGAUUGAUUCUUCCCCUAUAAGGGGCUCUGAUUGAUUAUUUCCUUCCUAAACUGGUGGGGGAUUCUGGACGUUGGUAGUAACACCAAUUUUGUAUUGUACGGAUAUCAUCUAUGAUCAAAGCCUGAAAGUAGGAAUUCACAGGUCGGUCCCUUUGGUGGCAAAGAUCCUGUCUCUGA